AUGUCCUACGCUCUAGAAUCUAAGAAGCGAAAGUUUCAUCGCGUUCUCGAAUCAAUCUCCAAACCUCUUACCUCCGAUAGCGCGCCCAAAACAGCCCCUGCGGCGCCGACGACGGUGCAAGACCGUAUCUCCGCCAAUUUAUCGAUCAAGAAAGUACGCUUGGCCAGUGCCGACCCUUCAGAGCUCACAGCGGUGCGCAACUCAAUCCAGAAGAUCUCCCGACCAGCGCACCGGAUUGCAUCCGCAAAUAAGCGCCCAACCUUUGUCCCUUGGGACCGUGAACGUUUUCUCGAGCGGUUAGAGACCUUCCGCCGUGUCGACAGAUGGACGUCAAAGCCGUCUCCGAUCAAUGAAGUACAAUGGGCCAAGCGUGGUUGGAUAUGUACAGAUGUUAUGCGCGUCACCUGCGUGAGUGAUUGCGGUGGCGCUGUCGUUGUGAAGCUUCCUGAUGAGAUCGAUGAGCUUGACGGUUUCAACACUGAGAAGGUGGAGGAGCGCAAGGAAGUUCGUGCGAGGCUGGUGGAUGAGUAUGCAAAAAUGCUCAGUAGUGCUCAUGGCGAAAGCUGUCCCUGGCGAAACAAGAGCUGUGAUGCAACUAUCCAACAUCUUCCUUUGACAAAUUGUGAUACUGCCCUAUCGGGACUUCACAAGCGAUAUACAAAUAUCUCGCAAAUGGGCGAUAAAUUACCAGCCGAUGAUAUCGUUCAUACCCCAGAAGGCCUUGACCUUGAUGCCUCUAUCAAAGGACUUCCGGAAGAAUGGUUCAAAGAAGCCGAGAAACCUACAGGAUCCAGCACUGAAGAGACCCAGCCUACCAUCGUUGAUAACCAAGACUCGACAGAGACACAUACACCUGUUAAUCGAGCUGCACUGGCACUAGCAUUUCUCGGCUGGGAUACUGCCUCUGAUGGAGCUGCGGGGCUAGUUGGAUGCGGUGCGUGUUUCCGUCGCCUAGGGUUGUGGAUGUACAAACCCAAAGAUAAUGGAGACGUGACCGUCUACACUUCCCUCGACGUGGCCGAUGAACACAUGGAGUAUUGUCCCUGGAUCGACAAAGUAGCCCAGAGUGGCACUGGACGGCCGAACGAGAAGCUGGCGGAACUUCGCGCUGGGUGGCAGAUUGUCGCGGAGGCUGUAAAGGUCAAACACCGCCGCAGACUGCGCACUAUGGGUUCCACAGAUACAUUGCGGACAGAUCCAGGCGUACCAACUGAGACUCCAGGCGAUGAAGAAAACACAGAGGCGAAAAAGAAAGCAGACCGUGAGUGGUGGGCGAAGAUUCGACGAGUGAGACAGGUUUUGACGGCUAAGUCGCCAAAGCGGAAGGCUGUUCUUCCUCAAUGA